UAGCUUCAUUCAUUGGCUACUGCAACCAGGCUACUCAUCAGCAUAUGAACAUCUAGUCUUGACAUUCUUAAAAUGGGAACGUGUUGCGAGUUGUUGUCCUCUCCAAGUUUACCCGUAGUCGUGUGUAUCUUUCUGUACUCGUCAACACAUAUCGGCAUAAUGAAAGUCAUCGGGAUCUACAUCAAAGACAUCAACAUUGAUCUUCGGACGACACCAACCGAUAUUGGAGUGGCACUCGGUCUUCUGAAUACAUUCUCCUUUAUUACAGCUCCUGUAGGCAUUGCCCUAUUUCGAUGCCAUUCCAUUCGCCGUCCUCUGGUGAUAUCCGGUGCUUGUCUCCCUGCUGUAGGUGUGGCGAUGGCUUCAAUGGCAACUAGCAACGGCCAGGUUGCAAUCUGUCUCUCUGUAACAGGAAUAGGAAUAGGUAUUUUGAAGGCAAGCUGUGUCAUGACAUUGCAUCGUGUAGCUGGGGAAAAUUACAACCUAUAUUUCAGCCUUGGUUUUUCUGGAUACGGUUUCGGAAUGGUGCUACUACCACUGCUCGCUGAAUCACUGCGUGCCCCUUACGGCUGGAGAGGUGGGCUGCUCGUAAUAGGCGCGCUGAUAGCACACAUCAUCCCAUGUGCUGUUGGCAUGAAGGUAGAUCUCGACGGGAACAGCACGCAGAAACGUGAAGUCCACUUAUCCACAGCCUCAGGGCCAUCUACGACAGAUAGCGAAGGAAAAGAGGAGCAAGUGAUACGAUGCCAAAGUGCAAAAGGAGGAAACUUCGACCAAAGCGAGUUUGGUGUCUUCCGUAAGAUUGCAAACGGCUUCCGUCAAUCUGAUUUUUACACGGAUCCCAUCUUCAAUGUGGUAUUCGGGGUAUCUUUUACCUACUAUAUGAUCCACUGCGGAUGGCAUUCCUUUCUCGUGCCACAUAUCCUUCGAAGAGGAGUCUCUGUCCAGAAUACGCUCAUACUUACUUUCGCAGCAGCAUUAGGAAACACCUUCAGCAGAGUCAUUGUAGGUGUCCUCACGAACAACUGGUUCACCUCUGUCGAUGUCUACAUCGUCACUACCACCCUGAACAUUGUUGCUCUUCUCGUUGACGUGUAUUUCGCCAACUACUAUGUGAUGCUAGUAACUUCAUGCGUAUCUGCAAUGUCGAUCGGAGGAAGGGGAGUGGUUGGGACCCUUGUUAUCAGGGAUAGAGCCUCUCCGGAUCAAUUCGACGUCGCAUUUGCAGCAGAAAAGUUAAUCUCUGGACUUGGGAUGUUCCUUGGUGGUUACUUGGGUGGUGUACUGGCAGAUCACUUUGCAUCUUACAACGCUACAUUCAAAAUGUUACCAGCCAUCGAAGGUGUUAAUUUCAUCCUCAUUAUGAUCCUCAGAUGUAAUCCUAAAAGGAGUACUAACUCAGAGUGACCAUGAGACCCGAGGCGGACUUUCGGUUCGCAAACAUGAAAUGAACACGAUUGUG